AUGGAUAAGAUGGAAAUUUUUCAAGCAUAUCUGAAUAGUGAUAAUCAUAAUGGAAAUUGUAUGACUGAAAAUCACUACAUUGUUAAAAAAAGAAACGUUGCUUCUGAAUGGGCAUUUUACUGCUUUGAUGGUACUAGUGAUCAGAAUAAAGAACAUAUAAAUGAUAAAAAGAAUUGUGAAAUAUUUCAAACGGAAAGGAGGAACUAUAUAAGAAGUAGAAAAAAGCACAUAUCAGUCAUUCGAAAAUGGAUUAUAAAGGCAUCAAAAAUUAAUUCAGGUAUAAAGAAUCAAAUUAUUGUAAGAAAAAGAAAAGAAAAAAUUCAUACACACGGAACUAAAAAGAAAAAAAUUCACUAUUGUCAUAGCUUUUCCUUUUUCAAUCAUAAAAACAAAAGAAAAAAGGACCCUUUACAAAGAAAACAUCAUCCGUUAUAUCAGAUUUAUACCUCCUUCAAUCUUCUUGACAAUAAAUAUUACUAUAAAAAUUGCACGAGUGAAAUAACCAGCUGCUGCACCAUACUCUAUUUACCACAUGUGCUGAGGCAACAUGUAUAUCAUUUCAAAGGAGUACCCAAGUUCCAUUUUUUACAUCCUGCUUAUGAAUUGUGCAGAAGCCCACAUGCUUCUUCUACUCCUGCCAAUUGGGCCAACACUUCCAGUGCCAUUCUUAGUACUGCCACUCUAAGCACUGUCACUCUAAGCACUGCCACUCUAAGCACUGCCACUCUAAGCACUGCCACUCUAAGCACUGCCACUCUAAGCACUGCCACUCUCAGCACCGCUACCCUCAAGGAGAAAGGAACGUGCGCUAUGAGGUGGAAACGAAAAAAUAGUCAUCGUAUGACCAAGUCCCAGUUGGUUAGUGAUAACAGGUAUUGCCAUUUCACAAAAAUAGAAAGCGGGGUGGGAUAUCAUAAUAGUCCCUUCAUGUCGGUACUCGUAAAAUGGGCAUUCAGAAAAUUACCCCUUUCCUCUCAGAAUGUGCUUAAUUUCUUUCAUGGUUGGUGCAUGAUUAAUGAUGAGAAGAAUAGCGUAAUUAAGAAGUCAUGUGGUUUUAUGCUUCUCAUAAGCAGGAAAAAACAAACUGACAAAAAAAAAAAAAAAAAAACCAAAAUUAGCCAAAAGAUAAGCCAAAAGAUAAGCCAAAAAAUUAGCCAAAAGAUAAGCCAAAAAAUAAGCACAAAAAAUCAUUUUAAUAGUGUUUCCAAAUCGAGUUAUAGCAAGAAAUGUGUUAUUUUUCUUGGCAUGCAUUCCUGUGGCAUGUGGCAUUAUCCUGCCAUUGAUUCAGUAUUACUCAGUUUUUCCGCACCUGUGGUAGCUGUUUCUCCUCCAGAGGAAGAAAAGGAAGAUGAAAAAGAUGAGGAAUGGGUGAAAGAAACGAACGAAGCGAAAGUAAGUGUGUUCCGUGUUUGUUCCUCUGACCCUCCCACCACUGUUCCCAUCUGUUCUCCCGUUUUUCCAUUCGAUGGAAGAGAAAAAUCCAGCCAAAAGAAAGUACAGCAAGAGGAAACACACUCUUUGGACUGCUGUGAUAAUAGGUAUGGCAACUCCAAACAACAUUAUUUGAUUGCACAUCUAGCAUCCAUGUGCAUACCAUCUGAUCUGAGAUAUGAAAAAAGCAUUAAGUGGAAUACCCGAUGGGCAAGAAGUAUUAUGAAAUUCACGUAUCCAAACACAACACUGUGUUCGAAUUCCAAAAAAAGGAGAAAAUUAUUCCUAUGCAUUAAGAACCCAGUUUUUCUCAUCAGGGUUAGUAGAAUGGGUUCAUAUACACAAUAUAAUGGCUCAAGAAUAAGAUUAAGAAGAAGAAGAAAAAAGAAACAUGCUUCUUAUAAGUUAUUGAUAAUACAAAUUAUUCUUCCUUGUACAUACCAUUCUUAUCCUUUCAACAAAGAAAGUUAUAAGAACAUCACAUGUUGGGAUACUUCCAAUUUUGGAAAAAAAAAAUUUUCUCUACUAAAAAAAAACAAGAAUAUUGAAGAUUACUACAUCUGCUUCAAUAUCUUAGAUCACAUAUCUGUCCUCAAUAUUUACGAGUUAGAUUCUCUUUUUGGAAUCAUUAAUUCUUUUGGUAGAUGCAUGGAUAACUUCCUGAACCCACACGACAUAUGUGUCAUAUUAACUGACAAAAAGGAGAGAGUCGUCCCCUAUGUGACUAUAGGGACUCGAAGGUCUAAACUGAAAAAAUAUGGGACUCCGAAUUACAGCAAAAUUUGGUGCAGGUGGAAAUGUCGUCUUAAGUUAUGCUGUAUGAACUAUCCCUAUUUACCCAGGCCCAUCACGAUGGAAAAUAAGAAUACUGAUGUGGAGAAAGUGAAGAAGGAGAAGAAGGAGAAGAAAGCGAAGAAGGAGGAGGAAAAGAAGAAGUAUGCGGAUAGGUACAUAACCAAUGAUGGCUUCUCUGAAUCCAGAUCUAGCAUCAAAAGACCAUCCAACUACACAGAGAAAAGUGCAAAUAGAUAUGCUUUUUCAAAGUGUAAUAAAAUUGUUCACGACACAGUGCACGACAUAUGCAAGAUGAGGGUCGUUAAGAGGGAUGAACAUUCAUUUUAUUUCGAUCGAGAUGGAGCCAAUAUCUCUAAAGGAAGUAAAGUGGGGGCGCCUGAACAACCAGCUUCCAGUACAAUAUUCCACAUGGAUCUACACAAAACCAGGAAAAUGAUGAUUGGCAACCAACGAGCUACUCAUUUGAACUCAAUGAAGACAAAGAAAUCUACGCGUGAUGAUCGAACUGGUUGCAGUAGUGUUGGAAGUGGUGACAAUGAUAGUGACAGCCAAUUUGGGAGCUGUAAAAAUAUGUACACAAUUAAACAUCACCGUAGUAAGGCACCAAAUGAAAGGAGAGUAAUCAGCCUAUGGAACAAAGACAUUAUGGAUUCUCUUGCUCUGAAGAACCCCCAAGAAAAACCAAUCAUUCAGCAGGAAAAGAGUUUUAAAAAUGUGAACUUAAAUUUAAAGAAAAGAAAAUGUAAAGAUGAAGUAGAGUCAUGCAAAGUAAACACAACUAGUUAUGACAUCUGCGAAAGAUGCAUAGAAGAAGUGAACCCAGAAAUGGAUCAAACAGAAUGUAAAAUGAAAACAAAUGACAAGAACAACACAUUAGUUACAAGGGGAAUCUAUAAAAAGAACAUAUCAAAUGACCAUCAUCUUUACAAGAAGAACAGAACCAAAAAAAGCAGACUUAAAUAUUCUUACGAUACAAAUUAUGGAUAUAGUUACAUAAAUAGAAUCACUAAUGUUUCAGACAAUGAAAACAUGUGCCAAGAAAGCUACUCCAGAUGUGAUGCCAAUUGUUCGAGUACCUCCUCCAGAAGAGAUGAUAAUAAUGAUGAUAAUCUCUACAAUGAAAUGUAUUUAGAUGAUAUUCACAUGGGAAAUAUAAACGAAUCAGCAAAGUUAAACAAAUGUCAUAAUGAUGCAGACACUAGCAUCCCCUUAUACAAUUAUCUAAACGACAUGGAGAACACCAAUUGUAAUUCAAAUUGUAUUCAUAGUGUAAAAAAAUGCAUGACUUCUACUAUGGAAGAAAAUAAAAAAAGGAAAUCGCACAUAUGGAGUGAUUCACACAAAAACACUAUUAGUGAACAUUCGCAUAAAAAAAAAAAAAAUUCUCUACGCAGUGGUAUCCCCAAUUGUAACUGCAAAGUAGAGGAAUGUUUUUCAGAAAGGGGUAAUAUGACAAAUCGGCUAAUGUCAAACCAUUCUUGGGAAUUGAAUCCAUUCUCUUGUACAGAUAAUUGUGUUGAAGUGCCACAUCUGCGUAUGGAUGAACAAAAAGGGAAUGCUCUUUCGGGACAGAGCCUCCAAGGUAAGCACUCCAAGAAUGAGUUGCACACCAGUUUAGAUGCAGAUUCGAGUUCAAAUAUAUAUCCAGAUGCAGAUUCGAGUUCAAAUAUAUAUCCAGAUGCAGAUUCGAGUUCAAAUAUAUAUCCAGAUGCAGUUGCAGGUUUAAAUAUAUAUCCAGAUGCAGUUGCAGGUUCAAAUAUAUAUCUAGAUGCAGGCACCGAUUCAGAUCUGGAAAAAGGCAUGCCGGCUGAAAAACCACAAUUUGACAAGAGCUCAAGUGACGAGGAAUCCCGCUCGGAAUACUCAACACCCAUAGUGGCUAGCCAAAUGAGGCUAGAAUCGAACGCCUAUAUGUAUAUUCCCAACAUUUGGCAGAUGAAAUCGCUGGAAGUGCAAUUAUCAGGUACAACUAGCGGAAGCAUCAAAGGAGUGAUAGAAGGACACGGAGAACAAAGUGAUCACACAGUGUUAUCAGAUACGAAUGAAAGAGAUCCUAUUCGAGAGAAUUUGAUGUAUAAUACUUCAAAACAUGGGGAGAGUACCUCGUCUGUGGGUGAAGAGAAGGUGCAAAGAGAUGCAGUGCAAAAGGGUGGAAGAGAAAAAAUGAAAAUGUUGGAUAGCUAUAUGAGUUCUGUUUUGAGUGAUGAUUUACCACAGGGUGGUUGUAUCGACAACAUUCCAGGUACUGAUAGAAACACCAUGUUGGAUAAUGGGUAUGAACCAAGUGGUAGUAAGAACAGUGGUAAUAGUAUUUUCAGCAGCUACAACUCGGGAAAUUCACGAGAAAAAUGUGUAUCAAACUUGAAAGAUGAAGAAAAUGUUGAUCUAGAAGUGGCAGUGAUGGAAAGACAUAGCAGUAUUCUUAUAAACAGAGGAAUAAAAACAAAGAAGUGUGUAGAUUACUCUUUGUACAAUACAUAUGCGAAAUCAUCGUUCUUACAGUGUGCAGAACAAGCAGAUAAUCAUUUUAUAGGGAAUUACUUAGACCGAUAUAAUGAUGAAAAUUUCCAUCAUUUGAGACAGAAAAUAAAAUUAUGCUUAUCUAGAACAUUUGCAAAUUUAAAAACAACUAGCGAAACGUGUGUUCUUCAUUUUACAAAUUUAAUAUUUGAUUUGUACAUAAGCAGAUUCAAUUCGAAAGAUGAAAUAAUAGAAAGUAUAAUAAACGAUAUUGUAACUGAGGAGAAACAAUUUUCAGAUGUAAUGAUUCAAUUAUUAAAAGAAUUUUAUCCCAAGAUUUAUAACGAUUUUAUUUUCAAAGAACAGUUAAAAAAUAAAUACAAUAUAUUGUACAAAGAAUUAAAAGAUUCAUGUGAUUUGAUUUAUCAUUUUAUAGCAAUCAUCUGUCUCUUCAUAUCACAGAAAUAUUAUAACUAUAGACUUAUUUCCAUUGAUCUAAUUGCAAAGACGUAUUGUAAGAGUCAUUUAGAAGGACUUCGAAAAGUGUAUUCAUUGAAUAAUGAACUAAUUAAGGAUGCUUCUCCUGAUUAUUAUUCAGCUACACAAUAUUUGGAUUCUACAUUCUCAUCACACAGUGUUAAUAAAAAUUUUGCACUAGAAGUGGAAAUAUGCAUAUUAAAAAAACUGAAUUAUGAUUUGUCUAUCCCAACUGCUUAUAGCUUACUGGAUAGUCUACUAAAGGCUAAUGAAAAUAUAAAUUUUUUAAAAUUAAAAAAUGAUUACAAUUCCACAGAAGGGGAAAUAUUACUCCGAAUUGCAAGUAUUGACAAUAUUUUCUUAAAAUAUAAAUCCUCCACAUUAUCCAUGGCUAUAUAUGAAAUUUUAAACUUCAAUAUAUGUAAAGACAAGAUGCAGAAGGAGUUGUUUAACUUUUCCAAUUUUAAGGAAGAUUUUUCCAUUUUGCAGGAUGCUACUCCACCAUGUAAUUAUUCUCCCCCUACAGCAACAAGCAAGGUUGUAAAUGGAGAAAAACAGAUAACAUCUAGUAACGCACAGGAUGACACUUCUAACGGUGCAACUAACGUGGAUGAUGAUAUGGCAACUACAGAUGUGCAAAUAAAAAAUGAAGUAAUCGAAAAGAAAAAAAGGAACGAAUUGAAACUCCUGAAGCGACAAGCCAGGAGCCUCAUAAUCGCUGAGGAGGAAGAUCGAUUCAUCACUGCAUCGAAGUAUAUGAAUGAAAAGUCCAAUCUCUACAAAUGUGUUAAACAAACUAUUAUCAAAUUGUGUGACAUUAUUAAAAAAAAAGUCCCCAAAUAUUACUAUGAAUCAGAUUUAGAUCGAACCGACAGGUUAAAAGUCUACAUGAAAGGAUUCCACAAAAGUAAACGGGAAUACUUGAACAGACUUCGUACCAGGAUAAAGAUGCAUGGUGUACAAAACAGGGGAAGUAUCCAUUCCAGUUUGGACAAAACCAUGGGAGGGGCAGCAGAAGAAGAGGCAAAAGAAGAUGCAGCAAUCGAAUCGGCUGCGACCCCUGGAGGCGCCCCACAGUUGAGCACUCCAGAAAUUCCAAGAAGCAAAAAACGCAAAAUGGUUGAUGAGAAGAAAGAUGAAGAGAAGUUUCUGAACGCAAAAAAAAAAAUAAAAAAAAAAUUCAGAAAAAUCAUAAAACAUCUGAACAUGAUCUGUUGGGAAGACAUUCCCAUUCACUAUUGCACUUCCUAUCUCAUUCAAGGAGAAGAAGUCAAAAUAUACAUAAAAAAGGAAACCGAACUAGAAAAAGAAAAGAAUAACAGCAAACAAAAUGUCGAAAUGAAGAAGAAAAAUUCCUUAAGCGACACAAAGCUUAUAUAUACCAAGCCAAGCAAUAACAAUCGCAAGAGCAACACCACGCAUGAGAAAUCCAAAAAGAAUUAUGUUAUAGGGACAAGAACAAAAUCAACUGAUGAACAUCUCGUACUUUAUUACAACUUUAUUAGCAAACUGAAAAGUAGACUUAUUGUAGGCCUCAAAUAUUUCCUACGUCGAAUUAAAAAAAUUAAGAAAAGACAAGUGCUUGUGUCUUAUGUCAAUUUGAGCUAUCUUCUUAACAAGAAAGGAUUAAGGAAAAAAAGAAAAAAAGAAAAAAAAUAUAUAUAUAUUCCAUUAUAUAAACAAUUAAUUAAUGAAGUGAAAAUUUUUUUUAUGUGGAUAUAUAAAUUAACAAAUAUUGAAAUUAGGCCCUUAAUUCAUUUCUCCGAUCUUAAACAUAUAGCCGCUAUAAAAUAUUAUGAAAAAAAUUACACCAAGUAUGUUAAAAUCAACUUUAUAUCUUCAACUGAAAUGGAUAAUAACGCUCGUGUUGUCAUGAGAACCACCAGUUCAGGUAAAUGUACCGACUGUACAUGUGAUGAAAGCAAAAACAAAUGUUACAGCGCAAAAUUGUUAUGCACACACAAAAAAAACGAACUCAAGAAGAAAUACAUCCAAGAAGUUAAUAAAUUUAACGAAGAAGAGAAGAAAAAUCUUUAUCCCUACUUAAAAAACAGCAAUUCAUUGACCGAUUUGAGGUGUGAAAAACGCACGAACAAGUGCGAUAGCGGCGGGGAUGCAAAGAAAAACGGAAAAAAAACAAAAAUGAAGUUCGCCCUUGAAAAGUGUGCAAAAUAUGAACUUGUUCAUAAUAAAAAUAAUUCUUAUGAGCAAACUAGCCAAAUUGAUCAAAAUGAUAAUUGCGAAAUGGCUAGCUGCCAAAAAAAAAACAACAACAAUAAUAAUAAUGAUAAUAAUAGUAAUAGCAAUAACUAUAGUAGUAAUAAUAUUAAUAAUAAAAUAAUGGAAGGGCAAGGUGGGAAAGACGAAGAGGAACAAAAAAAAGGUGAAAAGCAAUUUGAAGAACAAAACACAAUGGAUGAUUCAUUUGAACGUAAAAAGGAGUAUGCAUCUCUGGAAAAGGAAAAACUAUAUUUGGAAGAUAACACUGAAAACUCUAAUCAAGUAUUUUCAAUGCCAAAUUUUGAAAUUUUUGCAAAAAUCAACACCGAUUGGAUAACCAUCAACGAUCCUCAAGUAGACGAAUGUGCAAAGGAGUUAAUGGAAUGUUUCUUAAAAUGGAAGAACAAAAAUUACAUUUCGAAAAACUGGACCUUUAAUGAGUAUCCAAAUUGCAAAGAGUACUAUUUUUCACUUGUGUUUGGAGAUCUCAAAUCGUCCGAAACCUUGAAAGGAAUUGUAGAAAUGAUGCAUAUGAAAUAUAAUCACCUCUUAAAUAUAUACAAGGAAAGUAACAUCCAUAGUGACUUAAUGGGAUACGACUGA